ACCCGACAUGUCAUGUUAACCUACGCAAGUACAAAAUCGUACGUCAAACGUAGUUACGUCACGAAUUACGUUUACUGUAACGGGAAGUUGUUUGGCAGAACGUGCACGGAAGUUAUAUGAUGUGUACAUUUGACACAACUCUGAGAAAUGUUUCCCAGGUGUCCUCAGGGCGGCAUUGUGAUUGGUUCUUGUCGGAGUUUGAGCAAAUCUGCGGUUCAGCUUUUUGACUUGGGAAAAGGCUGCACUCAGAGAAGGACGGGACGUCCUUUCGUUGACUUUUCUGCCCUCAGGCAUGACAGGCUUGUCACCCCUAUGGUUCAACAACCUUUGGAAGUCCUUAGACGUCUAUAUCUCCAAUGGUUUCAGAAGUUUUCAUUAACAGCAGACUUAAAGCCGCCCUGGAGUAUAUCAUCUCGAGUGUGCACGAUGUUAUGCCUCAGAGGGAAGCGAAAGAUGCACGUGGGUUAUUUAUUUGCUAACACACUCAGUGCAUCUCAAAACGAGUCCUUUCUACGCGAGGGGAAGGACUCCGUGCUGCUCAAACGCACCAGGUUAUUGGUCAGAGAGCUCAGCACAUCCAUUAAAUCUCUGCAGUAUGACUUGAGGAAAACAGACAUGGUGAAGUCUGUGAACAGAAAGCUCUUAUUUGACACUCAUGCCAUAGUGCGUCUCCUGGAAGAGAGUGGAUUCAGCACACAGCAGUCUGAAGCUAUUGUCUCAGUUAUGGUGACGACAACCAACGCCAACAUGGACACCAUGUAUGCAGACAUGGUCACCAAAACUCAGCAGGAGAUCAUGCUGCAGCGAGUGAUGUCUAGCAUUGCAUCCGUGAAGAAGGACAUGAUCAUCCUGGAGAAGAGUGAGUUCUCUGCCCUGCUGGCAGAGAAUGAGAAAGUUAAAAUAGAGCUGCUGCAGCUGAAGAUGCAACUAGCUGAUGUCAUGAACAAAGUCCGUGCCGACACAAUGCUGGAUAUGAACGCAGAGAAGAGCAGAGUAAAACAAAUGAAAGCGGAGCAUGAAAAGAAGCUUUUGGAAGCACGGAAUGAAAUGUUGGAGAUGAAUGGCGAGAAUGGACGCCAUGUCACACAGGUUAACAUGAAGAUUGACACAGAAGUGGCUGGCCUGAAGACCAUGCUGGAAUCACACAAACUGGAUACCAUAAAAUACCUCGCAGGCUCCGUCUUCACCUGUCUCACUGUGGUUCUUGGAUUCUAUCGGAUAUGGAUGUAGAUCAGAACACUAAGUACAACGCUGAACUCGGGACGAUAGUCUCUGCACUAUGAGACUGGACAAAAAUCGCUGAUCUUUCCACAAGCUGUAUAUAUUUGUAUUUUUUUUAAAGGAUGCUUCCUGAGGAUGGCAACCUGGGAUCACCCUGAAAUAGAAAUAAUUUGUCCACUCUCAACUUUAGGAACACACCUGAUGUUUUAGGGUUUGUUUACGAAUCAGUUGUAACCAAAGUGAAAGGAGCUUGGUAUUACCACUUUUUACUGACGUCCGUUUGAAUGAAUCUAUCUUCAGUGUAAGUGACGAAGGAACCUUUUGGCCACUUGAUUACUCGCAUAUCAUUAUUUUAUAAGCGCUUUUUAAAUGAAAUAUUGAAUGAAAGAUCGUCUUUUCAUGGCACUGACAGGACAUGCAAAUGACCUGCAGCAAGAGGCACUGUAGGUCCAAACAUACAACUAUGCAUCAGGGCCCUGUCUUUGAUACUUUUGGUUUUAUGGGUUUUGUGACUGACUUUGAGACUAACUCAGGUAUAAACAAAAGAUUGACUAUUGAAUAUUGCACAUUAACAGGUUUUCUUGUAUUUAUAGACAUUCUGCAUUACACUAUAUGCAUGCCAGCAUCCUACUGGUACGUCAGUUAUACAUGUUAAAGAGCUCAGAAUAUUAAUAUCUUGAAACAGUUUCAUGAACAUGCUUUUUCUGAUUGUAACCAUUGUGACCAUGUGAUGGUGGAUACAGCAAAUGAACAAUGAGUUAUUCAUGGAUAAUAAAAACUGUUACAUUUGGAUACAAAAUGUUCAGAUCCUGUCAUGAAAUGUCACUUAUUUAACUUGAUAUCAACUGCACAUAAUUAAAUUACCACAAUGUAUUCCUGCUAUCUUUAACAGAAUGAUUAUCCAACACUUUUACUUCAUAAAAUGUUGUUCACAAAAACAAAUACAAUCCGCUUACACCUCUU